UGACGUCACGCGGCUCGUCGAGGCGGAGAGGAGGAGGAGGCGGCUCGCGUCCUCGCCCGACAUUAAUGGCCAUGAGCCCCUGAGCUUUCGCGGCGAUCGCGGCAAACGCUAAACCCCCCCCCCUCCCAACCCCCUCUCUCCCCGCGCCGACCAAACCACGACGCGCCCGUCGCAUGUUGAGCGCACUCAAGUUCGUCGGCGACAAACUCGCGCGGCUCGGCUGGGCGUGCGGCUGCGUGUCCGAGCGUGAGGCGGCGCGUAUCGCCGAAGCCUCGGCUCUUGCGCGGCUUUGCCAGGCGGCCGCAGCGCUCGCCAUCUCGGGGCUCGUGGUCAGUUCAGUAUUUUCAAGGAUGGGGGCAUUUUUGGACAAGCCAAAGACGGAGAAACACACAACGCACGGCGGUGGCAAUGGCUUGCGCUACGCACUCAGCAGCAUGCAGGGCUGGCGUGUGGAGAUGGAGGACGCCCACACAGCUGUCGUGGGCAUUCCUCGGGGACUAAAAACAUGGUCGUUUUUUGCUGUCUACGAUGGUCACGCAGGCUCACGAGUGGCCACAUUCUGUUCUGAACACCUCCUGGAGCACAUCAUUACCAAUGAGCACUUUGAAUGCAAAGCAGGCACAGAGCCGUCUUCAGAGGCUGUGGAGAAGGGAAUUCAGGCAGGGUUUUUACAAAUUGAUGAGCACAUGCGCACCAUCUCGGACAUUAAAAAUGGACUGGACCGUAGUGGCUCCACAGCAGUGGCGGUGAUGCUGUCUCCCAAGCACUUGUACUUCAUUAACUGCGGAGACUCGCGGGCUGUGCUCUAUCGCAAUGGCAGUGUCCACUUCUGCACAGAGGAUCACAAGCCGUGCAACCCGGCUGAGAAGGAGCGCAUCCAGAAUGCGGGCGGCAGCGUCAUGAUUCAGCGCGUCAAUGGCUCACUGGCCGUGUCGCGAGCUCUCGGAGACUUCGACUACAAGUGCGUGGAUGGGAAGGGCCCCACGGAGCAACUGGUGUCACCAGAGCCCGAGGUGCGGGCCAUCGAGCGCAGCGAUGGAGAUGAAUUUGUUGUGCUGGCUUGUGAUGGCAUCUGGGAUGUCAUGUCCAAUGAAGAGCUGGGUCAGUUUGUGCACUCCCGCCUGUUGCUUACUGAUGACCUCGAGAAGAUAUGCAACCAAGUUUUGGACACUUGCCUCUACAAGGGCAGCAGGGAUAACAUGAGCAUCGUGCUGGUGUGCUUCCCCAAUGCUCCCAAAGUGACUGUGGAGGCUGUGGCCCGGGAGGAGGAGCUUGACAAAUUCUUGGAAACCAAGGUCGAAGAGGUUCUGGAGAAGCACACUGGCGAGGUGGCCCCUGACCUGGCCUCUGUGAUUAGAGCCGUCUCCGUAGAAAACAUCCCCAACCUUCCACCAGGAGGGGGCCUGGCCAGCAAACGCGUGUUGAUCGAGGCAGUAUACAACCGACUGAACCCUCACAGGGAGGACGAUGAUGGGGGAUCCCUUGACACCUGGUAAUCGACUGGUGCCUACACAAUAAUCUAUACAUGUACAUGAAUGCAGAAGUGUGAAGCCCAUCAAGAAGGAGCUCGGCUGGGGGUUUCGCCCACGAUUUCUGGUAGAUCUGUGGCUGAACGUGGAACUGUAUAAAACCGGUGUCAGUCAACAAGUGCCACACAGUGUGAUCUUUACUAUACAUCAAAACAAUAUUCGCUAGGUAAUAUUACAGCUGUAAUGAUUUCGUUUUCUUUCCCGUUCAAAAUCAAAAUCAUAAUUUAAAUUCACGUAUUUAAACGUACAGACUUGUUUUAUGACUUGUACAACAACGGUUUCCAUUCCUGAUUGCAGUGAUGCUGAAUGCUUGAUGCUGCAGAGAAAUAUGUUUUGUCUAGCACCUUGUGUUUGCAAAUUUUAUUGGCGUUUUUUGCAACUAAAUUCAUUGGUCAUGCACCAACACUUUUUUUGAUUAAGACCCCACCAAAAAAGUAAAUGUAGCUGGUGCUAUAUAGUCAAUAGUGUGCGGGCUUUAAAGUCACACUGUGCCCUGACAUGUCAUAUUUGCAGCAUGAACUUUUGUAGCUAAUGUGGCCCAUUGCUUUCAUUGCUUGUUCUCUUCCAUAUAUGUAAAAAAACAUCAUGUUAUUGACACUUUUGAUUAGUUAGGUAUAGGUAUGUAAGCAACGGUAUUUUGUACGUUUUGUGUGUUAUAUAAAAUGAUACACACUUUCCAAUGUGUGCACGUGUGCUGACAUCCAAAAUACAGCAAUAUGUACAUGCCAGCUCCAAGCUGAUACCUUCUCUUGGCAUUUUGUGCUGUGGAACUGUCACAUUAACGUAUCUUGCAGAUUGUAUUGAUUAUCUGUACAUAAUAAAUAACUUUCCUUUAGGAUAUUGAUAAACAUAAGAUUGCUUUAUGUAUUGACAACUGUGGAGGUAUGUUAAUGGCUAGCGAUAGGAUUUUUUGUUUGUUUUCAAUCUGCAGAGGGGUAUGCAUGACGGUAUAUAUGAUGGUACUUGGUGAAAGUAUAAUCGGGGAUGUUUUAAGGAACAAGGCGAGUACAGCAACUGCUUUGAAUGCUAAAGACUCGUACCGCAGCACAUGUUGCAUGUCGAGAUUAAAGGGGGAUGGAAUUGCAGGUGGACUACGUUAUUAAAUGCUGUGUAUAUUUUGCUAGUAGUGUGCAGAACUGGGCAGGACAAGGAAGACUGUACAGUGUAUAGCUGUGAGAAUCUAUUACACACGAAGUCAUCAAUGGCAGGUGGUUGUUUCAUUUAGUUCAAAUGGACUGAAUGUAUUCAAUAAAGAAAAUACUUCACAAUGACUCCCACAUUGUUACCCGAAUCCAUAACCCCCACCACUCCCUCAAAGUCACCUGGCAUCCAAGAGUAUUGUACACUUCAGAAUACGUAUUUGAACAAAUAGUACAUCUAGAAAAGGUUUAUAGGGGUAUAGUAAUGUGUUUAUAAAGUACCUUAAGCAUGUCUGUUGUUAAAAGAUAACUUUUUAAGUUAACAUGGUAAUUAAAUGUUUAAAAGCAAAUGGUCCAUACAUUUUAUUCCAAUUGGCUAAGUUUGAAAUGUACUUUUGAAAAUGAGCAUAAAUAGUUGCACUUUGAGGUAAUGUUACCAUACUUAUAAGAUGUAAACAAACAUGUUAAAAAAAUUAAGUGCAAGGCUUUGUUUUUAAUGGUUUAACUAAAUGCUAUUGUUUCGUGAAAGGUAUCAAAAUAAAAUACACAGCAGCAAUUUUUGCAAAACGGUGUAGUGAAUAUAUUUCCACGUGUUGUGGACUAUAUUAAUGCAUUGACAUUUUGCAUCCACUCAUUUAGCUCUUGUAACAAUCCCAUGGUUUUUAAAGGUGGCGUUCACGUUUUAUGAAUUAACUUGUACGCCUUUCUCGACACAAUUGCAGCCAGCAUUGCUGCACUGAGCCAGAUGGCCAACCAGCGGUCCUAUCUCAUCACCUGAAGAUAAAGGGGCAUUAGCUGUGUCAAGCCCGUUAAUGCAGUAUUACACGUUCUUUUUGGUGUGAUUUAAUAGAUGCCUCAAUAAAUUCACAUGUAAUUGGUUACGCUCGAUUGUCCAACCACAUUACUCUGGUUAGAUAAUUUCUGUCAUUCGCAGUCGGUCACGUAAGUGCUGAACAUAGACAUGUAGUCUUGCACCUUUGGAUCACAUUAAAAUUGCUUGUAACGUCUUAUUAGAUUGAGUUCGCAUAAAUGACCUGAGUCUCAGUUGUGUACACAAGUCUGCGUGCUGAAAAUCUGUACACGAUUGAGAUUUGUUUGGCAUAUGCAACUUGACCCUUGAUUUGAUAAAUGCAUUAAGCAUUCGGAAGGCUUUGCUCCCACGGAUUUUGUCGAGAAAAGAUUGUCUCAUGGAAGAUAUGCAGUCGAAAGUUAAACACGUUUCCAUAUACCACACGUUCGCAUUUGAAUACAUUCUCUGUAGUUUUCAUAAAUUAUAUACUCAACAAUGUAAUGCAGUAUUCUCUGAUAUGCCGUAGAGGUGUUAUGAACCCAUGAUUAUUAAAAUGUUACUGCUGCGCGUCA